AUGUCUCGUACUGAUGAUUCAAACGAGCAUGACACCAACAAAAACAACCUCCCCAGAGUAUACCAGAAUGUUGUGACAUCCACUACCAAUACCUCAUCUGCCAACCCUCCUCAGCAACAACCUAUUACCACCACCACCAUAACUUCAGGAAACCUCUGUGUUUGUGCCAAUAACACUCCUAGAGUCCCUCGUCCUCGAAAUGCAUUUAUUCUUUAUAGACAACAUCAACAUGCGCUGGUCGUUCAAGAGCAUCCUGGUAAGAGCAAUCCAGAAAUCUCCAAAAUAAUUGGCGAACAGUGGAGAUCUCUCCCUCAGAAAGAAAAAGAUUUCUGGAUUCAACUGGGUGAUGAGGAGAAAAAGUCUCAUCUCGAGAGGUUUCCUGAUUAUAGGUAUCAACCACGGCGGUCUUCUAAACGAGGUGGGUCUACAAGUGGUACUAGUACUCCUACUGGCACUGGCCAGAUUGGGGAAGCUACUAUUUGUCCCAACUGUAAGGGUCUGAUUAUCAAUGGACCUGGUUAUCCAAACUCCAAUGCGAACAACAAUAAUAAUGUUAAUGUUAAUGCUCUCGCUAAUGCUACUAGUAAUAUCACCACGGCUGUUACUGUGAAUCCUAACAAACCCCUGGAUUUUGGUAAUUCUGCUCCUGGUGCUGGUCAAACCUCUGGUACAGCUACUACUCCGGGACCAGGAGUCCCCCAGAGUUCAAUAUCGUCACCAGCGAUUCCGUCUCCUCCUCUACGACCGUAUCAGUCCGCUCCAGGAACUCAGACUCCACCACUGCCAUAUCAGCAACACCCUCAACAACAGCAACAACAACACCCACAACAGCAACAGCAGCAUUCGCAGCAGCAUCCGCAGCAGCAACAACAGCAACCUCAAUCGCAUGUUCAACACUCGUCCUUACCACCACAGCAUUCUUCAUCGGUGCCUCCACCUCUUCAUUACGACAACAAACAAUAUCCAUAUCAACCUCCUCACCAAUCUCCUCAUCAACUUUCACAUCAACCUCAGCACCAACCUCCUCAUCAAACUCCACAUCAACCUCCGCAUCAACCCCAGCAUCCUUCACAAUCUUACUACCCAUAUCCCCCUCCACCUCCACCACCAUCUCAAACUCAUGUUAAUACUCUCACAUCCCUCACUCAGGUGGUAGGAUCUCAUAGAGCGUCUGCACCCCAGGUUCCAAGUGCUCACCAGACAAUCCUGCCAAAUCACCAGCAACAGGGUGGUCCACGACACCAAUCGGCCCCUGAAGCUUUCCCCCUUAACCCACCACCUUUGUACAGUAGUCGGUCUCCCACUGUUAGCAGUUCUAGUCUUUUGACUGAUACUUCUAGCAUUGCGACCAGUCACUCGUCCAUCUCUUCUGCUUCUUCGUCGUCUGCUCCUGGAUCUAUUAGCAGUGCAUCGGGAGUAAGUGGCAAUCUGUUACCAAGAAUCGUACCAAGACCUCAGGACGAAAUCUUAGGAACUCUACCUGGUUCGAUUCCCAAGUCUCCUAUUGCCAGGCAGUUAAGUGCAGGAAGUCCGUUUAAACCACGAUCAGUGUCAUCGCCUGCUCCUGAAGGACUACAUCCACCUCCAGAAAUACAUCCUCGACACAGUAGUUUAGACAGACAUGCUUCUCCAUCAUGGAAUUAUCCCACCCAGUCUGCUUCACAGUCUCCUAUACCUUCAGCAGCCACUUCACCAUCUCUAGGUUCUACAGUUCCAAACUCUAGUCAAGGAAUUUCUUCUGGUACUGGCAGUACUUUUCAACUAUACAACAGACGUCAGACUUCAUCUGUGGGACUACGACCCUCGGCAUCAAGUCACAGUCUGAGUAGUAUGACCCACGGACCUGGAUCAAGUAUUCCUCAUGCUGGACCAGUUAGUUUACUGGCUGAAGAAGAGAAAUCUGCCAAGAGAAGAAGAACUUCUUCACAUUACGACCCUCUUGGACCAGGACCUGCUGCCACUACUAACAGUGGACCACCACCGUCACAUUAUCAUCAUCACGUCACAAGUCCACAUCAUGGCACAUCGCGACUGAACCAAGCCAGUGCACCACCAGCACCAUCUCCUGUUGAGACGUUUGGAUUCCGUGAGAAAGCUGACCUUUUAUCUACUAUUUGUGAACCUUUACACCAUCACCACCAUCAUAGGUCUACUAGUAUUGUGGAGACGGAUCGAAAAGGUCGUAUUAUUGCGGUAGAAGGAAAAGAUCUGGAGUUGGUGGAGGCAAUUACCGAGCGACUGGGAGCAAGAUUGGAGGGAUCCAAUUGUAAAUAUACCCCUCACCUGUUUGAACAAAAACCCUACUUCAUGUAUACCAAGUCGGCCGUGAACAUGUUCAAAGUAUCAUGUUUACACCAACUGGUAUCGGAAUUAAACCUAUCCCAUUUUAAAUAUGGCAUUAUUGGUGGAUAUUUGAUGACGCUGGCAGACGAACUUGCCGACCAAGAAAGCCCCCUCACUGCCGCUGAACAGACAAGCCACCGCUUGACGUAUCGACACCGCUGGAUGACCAACGUCAACGUUCUACGUGGCCUGCCCGGCCCGGACUAUCUUAUUCUCAUCGAUCAAGACAACCAGGCCGACGCUACAAGUGUAUCAGUGACAACCCUCAACGGAGGAUCCAAAAUUAUUGUCGCUACCCUGGGUAACUUAAGAACCAACGAGGUUAUUGACCGGGCUGUAGACGGCAUGAUUAAUGGAAUUACGGGUAAAGAGUAG